UUGUACAAAGAGAGCAACUCUAGUGAGUUUAGACUUCAGGAGUUAGACGGAGCAGUAUUAAAUUAAGAGGGGAGGUUCGCUUCCCAUUCAAAACCGUCGAAAACAGAGUUCAAACUUCAUUCAUCUACACAAUUUUCUUCAUUUUUCGAGUUGCAUUUGAGUCAUAAGAGUAAAGAGACAGUGAUGCAGAAAAGCUUUCACUAAUCCGGAAUUUUUAUUUUUGUUCUUAGCCUCUCCCAACGUUGGACGAGUCGACUUGUGAUAUGGAAAGAAAUUUAGUACGGCUAUUGGUUGCAGCAGUUCUUUCAGCUGCAAUUUCCAUCAGGUCAUAUAGAAAGAAGUCCCUUGACCUUUCUGGAGCUCUUUCUGGUUUUGUUGUUAUGACGAUUCAUUUUGCCGUCAAUUACAGGUUUGGUGCUCUGUUACUUGCCUUCUUUGUUUCUUCUUCACUGUUAACGAAAGUCGGAGAGGACAAAAAGAAGAAAGUUGAUGCAGAUUUUAAGGAGGGUGGCCAACGCAAUUGGAUACAAGUUUUUUGUAAUAGUGGUAUAGCAACAAUUUUAGUCCUGAUUGCUUGGGCACGAGUGGGCAUGCAGGACUUUUGCCUUAAUUCGAAAGAAUCGCGUCUCAUGACAUAUCUAGCUGGUGGCAUUCUCGGUCAUUACUGUUGCUCGAAUGGAGACACAUGGUCGUCUGAGCUCGGGGUUCUCAGUGAUGAGCAACCAAGGCUUAUUACAAACUUCAAGCCUGUUCAGAAGGGUACUAAUGGUGGCGUGACGAAGGCAGGAUUUCUUGCUGCUGCAGCUGCGGGCUCUGUGCUUGGACUUACAUUUGUUAUCUUGGGAUUUCUGACUACCAACUGCACUUUCAAUGUAGCUAUGAAGCAGCUAUUGUUGAUACCAGUUUCAGCUCUUUCGGGAUUGUGUGGAAGUGUUAUCGACUCUUUAUUGGGAGCAACCCUCCAAUACAGUGGUUUCUGCAGUGUCCGAAAGAAGGUUGUGAGUAAAGCUGGACCGACGGUGAAGAGGAUAUCGGGUCUUAGCAUACUCGACAACAAUGCAGUGAAUUUUGUGUCGAUUCUGUUAACGAGUACGCUGACUUCCAUAGCUUGUUCAUGCAUAUUCUGAGGUCUGCACUCACACAAAUCACAAUUAGAUGGUAAAGAUCUUGAAUUCCAUGUGUAACUAAUAAUGUUGGAGCAUGAUUUCAAUCAAUAAAAUGUUUUUGCAAUCCUCAUAUGCAAA